AUGGCUUUGUUCUUUUGGCAGCAAGGAGAAGAAAACAUGGCUAAAGCAUUGGUGGCCUGCAAACUCUGUCGAUCAAUGAGCAAUGUGGCAAAAAAGCAGGAUGUUGUAGAUGACACAUCUGAGGAGUUUAAAGAAUAUUCCACUGAGUUUGGAACCCUGGCAGUAGAUCUGCUGGAGCAGUCGUUCAGACAGUAUGGGACUAUGGCCAUGAAGCUGCUCACUUAUGAGCUCAAAAACUGGAGUAAUUCCACCUGUCUCAAACUGGCCGUGUCCUCCCAUCUUCAGCCGUUUGUAGCUCAUAACAGCACAAAGAUGCUGCUGUCCGAUAUGUGGAUGGGGCGACUAAACAUGCGCAAGAACUUCUGGUACAAGGUGAUUCUGAGUAUCUUGGUGCCUCCUGCCGUCCUUUUAUUGGAAUACAAAUCCAAAGCUGAGAUGGCUCACAUCCCUCAAUCACAGGAUGAUCACCAGAUGACGAUGGAGGACAGUGAAAGCUACUUCCAAAACGUUGUUGAUGACAUUCAGAUGGAUGUGUUUAAAGAAAGCAGAGUGCAUGACCAUAUGGAAAUGGAUUGGGAAGGUCCUGGCUGUAAUGAUGGCUCUGCGAAGGGCCUGGAUGGAGCUCUUAUGACAGAUGUGGUUGGUACAGGCUCAGCCCAGACCGUUUGUGAGCUGCCUCCUGCCCCAGUGACAGCAGCUACAGAUGUGGAGAUGUGCUUGAAACUCACCGCGGCUCAAACUGUGGACCACAGGGACUUCACCAAGCUGCAUUUUCACACUGACAUAAACUGGCUCUAUCUGCUGAACGUUACACAACCUGUCACGUAG